GUAAUUGAAAUAAAAUUAUUUAUUGAACUUUCAUACACACAACAAACAAUUUAUUUUCUUGCUCACAGAAAUGCAAGAAAAAUUAUACACACAAAUGCACUCUGAUGCAAAAUUAAGUUUUUACAGUUGUAAGAGGUAAAGCAUUUCAUGCACUGCUAUUGAAACUAUAUUGUUGCUAUUAACAGUCUAAACAAAGGCCGAUGCUGAAAGCAUAGAUAAAAAGAAGUAAAUAAAUUUAUGUUCAUGAGCAUCUGCAAAUCAACACUUAUUUUAAACCUUCAAAAAAUUACUAGUCUAUCUUUUUCAUACACCAAUUAAGAUGUGUAAAUUCACUAUCAACAUCAUUUGGAUUCAAUAUUUCUGAACAGUUGGAAAAUCACUCAAAAGCUACUUUGCAUUUGUUCACAUAGAUAUUAAUGAUUUGAUGCUGGCAAUUUGAAAAAAAAUUACCGAUCAGACCUUCUUUCCCAAAAAGAGUAACAAAAACAACUACUUUAAAGGCAACUGACAAAUUACUUCACAAUAAAAUUGGUAAUCUCAUUCCAGAAAACAAUGUAAUUUCUGUCACUUUUAACCUGGCCUUGAUCAGUCUGUAAUGAGGCAUUUGCAAUGCUCUUUGUAAAAUAAAAGUCGUUCUCGCCACAAACAUUAAAAGCAGAACAGAGAAAUAAAAAAAAGGUUCAGAAAAAUAAGAUAUUUGUAGGGAGAAUUCUAGCAGCUAGAAAAUCAAGAAAGCAGUGGCACGCACAAUCUACAGCAAUGGAUAAUUCAACCUAGAAAAUUGAAAUAUUCAUACCCACAAAUCUGCAGAAUCUUGCUCCCUAUGAACAAGAUCUUCAAAUGGAAUAGUGCAAUUUGCCACAAAAUCAUCUGGCGGGAUGGCGGCAUCGUGGAAAACAGUCAACCCCAGGUUGACGGCGCUUUGCACGUCGUGGACGAAGUAUUCGUUCCAUACUGGGUUGAAAGUCUUUGGUUUCGUUGAAGAACGAUCUAAAUGAUUUUCAUCCACGUCUAUUGACACAUAAGGAUCUAUUGGCUGGUCAUCUGGUUUCCCAAACGCCAUAUUAUGCCGCUUUUGAAAAUCCGUAGGUCUCAACCCGCAAGCCUCGCAUAUUGUCACCUUCACGGUUCCAGUAAACAUUGGCGUCGACAAUCACACAACUCAAACAAAACUCUUCAGCAAUACUAGCAGCCCACUCAUGUAAUAAAAUAAUAUGUCAACCGCAUAGGGAAACUCUUAAAUUUUCUUCCAAAAACAAGCCUUUCUUGACAGCCAUGAAGGUCGAUUUUGAUAAAAAUUCACUGCACUCUAAUUAGCAAUCCCACAAUGCCCUUCGAUACGUCACAGCGAAUCCAGCAAAGAUGGCGGCGUUUGUUCGACUGUACAUGUUGAAGAAUUUCUCAGUUCCAUUCACCAACAAAUCUGCGUAUUUUGGAUUAAUUAAUCUCUCGCAUAGAUUAAAACUGAGUUCAGAUUCUCCCAAUCCAAAAAAUCAUGCCGCAGCCGAUGGGGUGACUUUAAGCACAAGUUGCACAAAAAGACUGAAACAAAUAGUUGAUGAUGACAACACAUUCCUGAGGAUUGUUGUUGAAGGUGGAGGAUGUUCAGGAUUCCAAUACAAGUUUAACUUAGAUUCUAAAACACAAGAAGAUGAUGUGAUGUUUGAAAAUGAUGGAGUUCGUGUUGUAAUAGAUUCUACAUCAUUGGACUACAUUCGAGGAUCUACUAUUGAAUAUCAUGAAGAACUUAUAAGAUCUGCUUUUAGGAUAGUUAACAAUCCUCAAGCAGAGCAAGGUUGUUCCUGUGGAGCUUCAUUUUCUAUAAAAUUAGACUGAAUUGUUUAAUGUGGUUUCUGAGUAAUAUUGUUCAAGAAUCUGAAUUGUAGUAAAUUGUAAAUAUUUUUUUCCCUUUCAAAUGUAUAUUUAUUUCAUUUGUAAAUACAUUUAAUCAAAUACAGAGCAUUGUAAUUUGAAGAAUCCUUUUCAAUUUAAAUUAUAAAAAGAAAAUUGUACACUUCAGAAGAAAGAAAAAAAAAGCAUUGCACAAAUAUUUUGUUCAUAUUACAAAAUUUAACAAUCGAGAUAGCAAUAUAUAUUACAAACAAAUACAGGCAAAGUUUUCAUGUACAUAUAUACUGAAUGAGCAUUCAUUAUCUUAUGACAUAUUUGGGCUAAGUCAUAGAUUUUGAAAACAUAUCCAUAUAUCUUGAUUUAAAAAAAAUGCAGAGGGAGAAAGUUGUUCCAAAUGCAACAAUAGACCAUCCGAAUAUAAAUUCGAAAACAUUUUACACAGGUUUUAGAAACAACACACAUUGCAUUUUCUAUUCUGGAUACAAACAUCCUUUUGAUAUCUGAAGGGUCAUAAGCCCAGCUUUUAAUAUUAACUAGACAGAAAUCUACAUCUGUACAUACGCAACCACAAUUAAGAAAACUUAAAAGUAUAAUUAUAU